GCUCUAGAUACCCAUAGUCAUGGAUAGGGAGCACGAGCGGGGGAGGAGAGGGGUAAGGCAUGAGAAGCCAGAGGGCGCGCGGGGUGGGCAGGCUUCGCCUGAGGUGAGGAAAGGGGCAAGGCACGUGGGGUGGGCAUUUCUCUCUUCAUCUCUCCUUUCUGUCUUGCCUGUGUUCAAUAGGCUGAGGGAGGGUGGCCAUCCUCGCUCGAUGGGCCGCCAGUUUAUGUUCGCGGGCAGGAGCCGACUCGAGACCAGCACCAAGGGCAGACAGACCAGGUGAGCGAGGGGCACCAACACCCAUCCAUCUAUCCAUGCAUUCCUCUCUUCAUCUCUCCUUUCUGUCUUGCCUGUGUUCAAUAGGCUGAGGGAGGGUGGCCAUCCUCGCUCGAUGGGCCGCCAGUUUAUGUUCGCGGGCAGGAGCCGACUCGAGACCAGCACCAAGGGCAGACAGACCAGGUGAGCGAGGGGCACCAACACCCAUCCAUCCAUCCAUCUAUCCAUGCAUUUCUCUCUUCAUCUCUCCUUUCUGUCUUGCCUGUGUUCAAUAGGCUGCUGUCAAGAAGCGUCGUGAGGAGCGUGAUAAGGAGGAGGCCAGGGAGAAGGAGCAGGAGAACUACGCCGAGUGGGCCAAGAAGGAGGAGCAGUUCCACCUCGAGCAGGAUGCGGUCAGACAUCCGCAUACACCAGGGGAGGGAGAAACCCAUCGACAUGAUCGCAAAGGCACUCAGAAUCAUGGAAGGUAGGUACAUGACACACCCCCACAAUCGCAAAACAGACCCUCCUCUCUCUCUCCCCAUCACACAUCAUUGCUUUCGCUCUCUUGCCCCUGGUCGAUGUGUGUGUGUGUGUGCAGGUCAGAUGUUUGACGACAUGUCGUUGCUGGAGCUGACGCCGCCCCAGAUGUUCGAGGGCAUGUCCGUUGACGAGCUCGACGAGAUGCUCGACGACAUCCACACACACGUCCUCAGCGACACACAGCACAGGUCCUUCUGGAAGAACCUGCUCAUCGUCGCCAAGGACGCACUCGACCAGGCCAGGCGCAAGAGCAACGAAGGCAUGGGUGUGGGUGUGGUGAGGCGGGACGCCACGUCGGGCAUUCCCCAGAGCGUCAAGGCCGAGAUCGACGCCUUUCUGGCGGGCCAGUCGGCUGAACAAGUCGACGAAAUGGAGAAAGAGGUGAAUCUGAUGACCCCUCACCCAUCCACGGCCAACACACACAUGGGUGUGUGUGUGUGGCCACUUAUGCAUGUCAGGUGAAUCGCAAGUUGGAUCACGGCGGCGAGGCGGUGGACUCUGCCUACUGGGAGGCCAUCCAGACGCAGCUGCCCCUCUUCAGGGCCAAGGCGGACGUCCUCCGCCAGUACUCAAAGGCAAUCGCACGGGCCAGGGAGGUCAAGGACCAGCAGCUCGACCAGCACCACAGAGACACCGCACUCAAAAUGGACCUCGCUGGUACAAACACACACCACAACCAGUGAGUGACAUCUGUCGAUCUGCUGGGAUCCGUCUCUGUGUGUGUCAGGUUUGUUGAACAUCCCCGAUUCUAAGGCCGGCUCAGGAGGAGCGUCAGGUGACGACAAGACGCCACAGCAGAAGGACACCCGCCGGCCUGAGGACUUCAUCGGCACGGGCGUCAACCCCAACUACGACGGGCGACACUCGCCUGAGCUCGAGCCAUACGACAAGGACGACGCACCCCCACCCCUCCCCGCACCAGCCCCGGAUGCCGCCCCUGCUGCUGCUGCUGCUGCAUCUGCCACUGUUGAGGGAGGGUGGUCAACGUCCCUGGAUGCCCCUCCAGUCCGUGUCCAUUUCACGCAUGACCAAGUCCGUGACGUGCACCACCAAGGGCAGACAGUCCAGGUGAGCGAGGGGCACCAACACCCAUCCAUCCAUCCAUCCAUCUAUCCAUGCAUUUCUCUCUUCAUCUCUCCUUUCUGUCUUGCCUGUGUUCAAUAGGCUGAGGGAGGGUGGCCAUCCUCGCUCGAUGGGCCGCCAGUUUAUGUUCGCGGGCAGGAGCCGACUCGAGACCAGCACCAAGGGCAGACAGACCAGGUGAGCAAGGGGCACCAACACCCAUCCAUCCAUCCAUCCGUCCAUCUAUCCAUGCAUUUCUCUCUUCAUCUCUCCUUUCUGUCUUGCCUGUGUUCAAUAGGCUGAGGGAGGGUGGCCAUCCUCGCUCGAUGGGCCGCCAGUUUAUGUUCGCGGGCAGGAGCCGACUCGAGACCAGCACCAAGGGCAGACAGACCAGGUGAGCGAGGGGCACCAACACCCAUCCAUCCAUCCAUCUAUCCAUGCAUUUCUCUCUUCAUCUCUCCUUUCUGUCUUGCCUGUGUUCAAUAGGCUGAGGGAGGGUGGCCAUCCUCGCUCGAUGGGCCGCCAGUUUAUGUUCGCGGGCGGGCAGGAGCCGACUCGAGACCAGCACCAAGGGCAGACAGACCAGGUGAGCGAGGGGCACCAACACCCAUCCAUCCAUCCAUCCAUCUAUCCAUGCAUUUCUCUCUUCAUCUCUCCUUUCUGUCUUGCCUGUGUUCAAUAAGCUGAGGGAGGGUGGCCAUCCUCGCUCGAUGGGCCGCCAGUUUAUGUUCGCGGGCAGGAGCCGACUACCAGCACCAAGGGCAGACAGACCAGGUGAGCGAGGGGCACCGACACACAUCCAUCCAUGCAUUCCUUCUUGUCUUCUCUCUAUGUGUGUGCAACAGGACGACCGUCCACCUCCCAUUGGCUUGGACAUCGGCUAUUGGAAGCGCAGGUCGCAGGGCAUGCAGGACGCUUUCGUGGAAAUGGAGGCCGAGUACAAGGCGUUAAACACGAAGUUCAAGCGCCACGCCGAUCAAACCAGAAAGGUCAGCCAGCUGCGCCCAGCCGGCCGUCUGUGCUCUCUAUGGAUUUGUGUGUGCGUUGUUCAUGUGUGUAGGAGCGUCGGGCACUGCAGCAGGACAAGAAUGACCUAGAGCGAACCGUCGACAGACUCAAGAAGGAGAUAGAGGUGGGCAGAGCCACGAAGGGAUGGGUGCAGGGCACACGUGUUUGCCUGCAUGUGGCUUCAGGAGCGUGACGCCAAGCUGUCCGACAAGGAGGCGCUGCUGCAGGAAGGUGACCGUCAUAUCGCAGCGCUCCAGAAGGAGCUUAAGGGUGAGGCGCCACGGCCACACACACGCGUCCACGUCACUUAUUUCGUGAGUUAGCAUGAGUGCCAUGAGCCUAUGUGUGUGUCCAUUCUCCCUUCUCCCUUCAGAGCUUCGGCAUUCCACCCAGUCGGUCGAAAAUGGCACGUAAGUAACCUCUGUCGGUCCCAAUGGACAAUUCGUUUACGUGUUUGGAUAUCGGUGUGUCCCCAUCAGUCGGCAGGCGUCAGGCGGCAAGGCGCCCACAAUUGCAGUGCCACGUAAGCGUAUCUUGUGCCUCUUGCUUCAUGUGAGCUUUAUUCGUGUGGGUGCCUGGUUUUGUGUCGUGCAGCUGCAACGUCUCAUCACCUCGCUGGUCCCAAACAGACACAGAUGCACUACACAUACGCCGGUCCACCGACACUCAAUCCAAUCGGUUCGUGGGUGAUACAAACAGGCAGUGGCAUGAACUGUAUGUGCGUGUGUGUUGUGUCAGGAUAUGGUAUGGCGGCAGCUGUCAUGGUGCCGACAUAUUCGCCAACCAAGCCAACGUACAUCGCCAGACCCGGUAGGUAGGACAAAAUACGGAUGGACGGACAAAGCGCUCACCGACUUGCCUGCCCCUGUUUCGACUGAGCAGCUGCACCGCCUGUGUGGGCAGUCAAGACACAACCGUAUUUCACAUCUAGCGGUAGGUACAUUCGACGACAAGACAUGUGCUGCAUCUCGUCUUGCUUUGUGAGUGUUCGUUUCUCUGUCUGGAUAUGCUGCACAAACGCCUUCAGCCAUGCCACGAUCUGCCGCUUUGACAACAGUGGCACGAGCACCGCCCGCCAAGCGACCGAGUACGCGAUCACAGAAUCACAUAUAUACACACGCACACGAAGAGACGGCACAUGUGCUAUGUGGUGUGGUAUCUGUGAUGUGGUGUGAUGUGCAGCAUCGAAGAAGUCAUGCUGCUGCGGCUUCAUCGAUCUGAUCUUCGGCAAGAAAUAGAGGACAAGAACAGGUGCAGGGUGGAGAGAAGGGAGGGUGGACACGCCAGCGGGCGCCCGAGGGUGGAUGGCUGUAUGGUUUUCCAUGUUUUGGAGGGAGGAGGGUGCAUGCAUGGCAUGGCAUGGCAUGGAUGGGGGAGAAGACACGGCCCACAUGAGGCCAUGAUUAUGGUCUGCGUACCUCUGGUGGCUUGCCUUCCCCCAAUGUCCGUCGGUCUGUCUGUCUGUCUCGCGACUGCCAUACGAGAGGGAAGUGGCUAUUGGCUGGUUGUAUGGUGUACUAUUCGGCAGCGGUGAAAGGCGGGGCACCUGAGGGUGGAUGGGCUGGAGCCAGGAACACAAACAAACAAACAAACAGGCAGACAGACAGACAUACGGUCUUUGAAGCAAAGAAGGAAUCACCGCACCUGCUUGUGUGUGUGUUUUUUUUUCCUCACAUGAGUGGGUGCAAAUGGAUUGGCUGGUCCCGGCUGCAUUCUGUCUGCCGGUGUGCGUGUGUGCGUGUGAAUUGCAUGUUAUGUCUGAGCCUGGUGUAUCCCUGCCACCAUACUGGGUAUAUUCUUCCCCCUCUCUGCUGCUGCUGCCCUUAUGUCUGCCUGCCUGCGCGUGCAUUGAUGACUCACACACACACACACACACACACACAUAUCAUAUUGACGGUAUGCCGGGCCUGCUGUAUUGUGGGUGUUUUUUCCUCGCAUGAGUGGGUGCACAUGUAUUGGCUAUUGCUGCAUUCUCUGGGUGUGCGUGUGAAUUGUAUGGUAUGUUUGAGCAGACAUGGCCUGGUGCAUCCCUGCCCGCAUGUCGCCGGGCACUUUCUCUGCCUGCCUGCAUUGAUGACACAGCACAUCCACACGUGUGGCUGCCAUGCCUUUCACCUUUACGCACACACAUACACACAGAUCGCUCUGUCUCUCGUGUCGCCUUCUGCUGCUAUGGUGCUGUGGUGCCUGAGGUCGAUUUCUCAUCGCUGUGUGCUGCUGGUAUGCCUCGUGAUGUGGUGCGCUUGUCGCGACUGCCAUCACACACAGAGGGACAGAGAGACCGAGAGAGAUCGCGAGAGCUGGCAGCUGCACUCACUAUCAGCUGGCUGGUUGUACGCGUGGACACAUACACACACACACAUCUCUGUCGACACAUCUCACCGACGGGGUUUUUGAAGUGGGCGAGGGGGACGCAGAAAAGCGCACAGAGACAGGGAGAGGGGAAAGGGCAGAAGUGUGCGCGGUGAGUUAGGGAUGACAUGUACAUGUCUGUCUUGGACUUUUGAAGUCGAAUCUACUCACGCC